AAUAUUAAUUAAAACUAUCGAUUUGUAUGAGUUUUAAGGAAUGGCUGUAAUAAGCGAAAUAAUUAUUGAUUAUUUAAUCAUUUUUAAAUAUUAUGCAAUUUAUUUGUGCAAAUGUUUCUAUGAAUUUUUUAUAACAAAUAAAUUUAAAUUUAGAAAAAAGUGUAAAUCAAACAAAAGACUCGAUGGAAAAGUAGUUGUCAUCACUGGUGGUAAUACAGGGAUUGGAAAAGAAACUGCUUUACAAUUAUCAUUACGUGGCGCUAAAAUAAUAAUUGGUUGCAGAAAUGUCCAAAAGGGUGAGAUUGCAGUUCAAGAUAUAAUAGCGAAAAAUGUAUUGUCAGACAUACGGGUUUUAUAUCUGGAUUUGUCGUCACUUUCAUCUGUUAGACAAUUUGCCCAAACAGUGACACAACUCGUGUCUAAAUUAGAUAUCCUUAUAAACAAUGCCGGAGUUAUGAUGACUCCCGAGUCGACCACUGAGGAUGGCUUUGAACUGCAGUUUGGGACUAACUUUUUAGCACAUUUUCUACUAAUUCAUUGCUUAAUGCCAUUAUUGAUAAAGUCGUCAAAAGCACGAAUAGUUAAUUUAUCAUCAAUUUGUCAUAUAUUAGGAAAAAUACAUUUCAAUAAUAUUAAUCUUAAAGACGGUCACUACAGACCACUUAAAGCCUACAGUCAAAGCAAAUUAGCCAUUGUUUUGAUGACUAGAGAAAUGGCCCGUCGGUUGGGAACUAAUACUAAUAUCACUGUCUAUAGUCUUCAUCCGGGAGUUAUUCAAACAGAAAUCACGCGACACUUUCCCGCUUAUCUCUAUUAUCUCAUUAAACCAUUUAUGACAACCAUAGAGUUGGGCACUCAAACCACACUCUACUGUGCAAUUGAUGAAACACUAGACAAUCAAACGGGACUUUACUAUGAUGAUUGCAAACGAGUCAAUAAUAUGAUAGCACCAGCUAUUGAUGACAACAGCGCUAAAAAAUUGUGGGAAUUGGCCACUGAUUUAGUCAAUCUUGAAGAUAGUCUCAAAAUUUGA